AUGAAUACGAUCGUCUUCGUUCUUGCAAUUGUUGGCGUGGCAUUGUGUCACCCAGGCGGCAAAGGUGGCCCUGGUGGUAAAGGAGGCAAAGGUGGCCCAGAUGUCAGCGAAGAAGCCAGGAAAGAGUCUUCUUUGCGUAUUCUGACGACAAAGAAGGACACAUUGCCGAACAGAAGGAGAAAUUCUGACCUGGGCACAGAAAUACGGACGCUCCAGAGUUCCAACACCAAACUGGAACUGAAUCUCAAUAAAGAGAUCAAGAAGAAUGUUACUGAACUUAUCACUGCUCUGCCAGCUGCACUGGAAAAACUCUCAGCCAUAGUGGAGAACGAAGAUCAGACCGCAAAUGAAAUCAAGGAUGCUAUCAAGGCUCUGAGUGCAGAAAACCCUAAGGUGAGCUAUCCUCACCACAUUUUUUUGACCCUGCUAUGGAGGCAUACUGGAGGGCAGGACAUACCAGGGAACUCUGAUGGAAAAGGGGCUAGUGUUUGGUGCCCGGAGAGAGGGAGCGGUCGUCUCUGUUCCCGAAAAUUCCUUUUGGCGGUGAUUUUUCCAGCUCUAGGCGCUUCUACAUAUUUUCCAAGCUCAGCGAUACGGCAAUUUGGGACUAUUGCCUUACAACUGAUCCACAAUCCUGUUGGCGCAGUUUAG